GAUUUUGAUUUUCAUUUCACAAAGAAGCGUUUUCUCGGGAUAUGAUUCUCGAUCUCUGAGCAAAAAGGGGAUUUGCAAGUUUGAUAAUUCACAUUAUUGGAUUAAGAUAGAAACCAUGUCAUCUGAUUCACCGAAUUUGCCUGCUGCGGGAACAAUACCCGAUGGUCAGCCUCCUCCUCCUGUUACUGCUGUUGAAACUGGAAGCGAUGAUUCUCCUAAAGGAGUUGCAUCAAAACUAUCUGCCGCUGGGAUAUCAAAUUGGGCCAAAAACUUGAAAGUUCCCCAGCCUUUUGCUUCCACACAAAACGACUCUGGUGUCGAAAAUAAUGAAAAGUCUGCCUUUGCUAAGUUUACUAGUGGGUUAGGGAUUCGUUUAUCUCCGAAAUCUCCUCAACCCAAUGAGACCACAGAAGGUACUUCAAGUGCUACAGAAUCCAGUUUCAUUGGCACGAUUACAAAAGGUUUGGUAGAUACAUCAAAGAAUGCUGUCAAGGCAGUACAAGUCAAGGCUCGACACGCUGUAUCCCAGAACAAACGAAGAUACCAGGAAGGAGGAUUUGAUUUGGAUUUGACGUACAUAACAGAGAACAUAAUUGCAAUGGGGUUUCCUGCUGGUGAUAUGAGUUCUGGCUUUUUUGGAUAUGUCGAGGGUUUCUACCGUAACCAAAUGGAAGAAGUUAUUAACUUUCUUGAAACUCAACACAAGGGAAAAUACAAGGUUUACAAUCUUUGUUCAGAGAGGUUGUAUGAUGUAUCAUUAUUUGAAGGGAAGGUGGCCAGUUUCCCAUUUGAUGAUCAUAAUUGCCCGCCAAUCCAUUUGGUCACCUCAUUCUGCCAAAGUGCAUAUUCAUGGUUAAAGGAGGACAUUGAGAACGUUGUGGUUGUUCACUGUAAGGCUGGCAUGGCAAGGACAGGGCUUAUGAUAUGUAGUCUUCUGUUGUAUCUGAAGUUCUUUCCGACUGCCGAAGAGUGCAUGGACUUCUACAACCAGAAACGAUGUGUGGAUGGAAAAGGACUUGUGCUACCCAGCCAAAUCAGAUAUGUGAAAUACUUUGAACGAAUUUUGACCUACUUCAACGGGGAAAACCAACCAGGCCGUAGGUGUAUGCUUAGGGGUUUCCGGCUCCAUAGGUGUCCCUAUUGGAUCAGGCCAUCUAUCACUAUUUCAGAUCACAAUGGUGUUCUCUUUACCACGAAAAAGCAUCCUCGGACCAAGGAUCUCUCGCCUGAAGACUUUUGGUUCAGUGCCCCAAAGAAAGGGGUUAUGGUCUUUGCCUUACCCGGAGAGCCAGGUCUAACAGAAUUGGCUGGGGACUUCAAAAUCCACUUUCAUGACCGCCAAGGAGAUUUUUACUGCUGGUUAAACACGACAAUGAUGGAAAAUAGAGUGAUCCUAAAAACUAGUGAGCUUGACGGGUUUGAAAAGAGGAAGCUACCGUCGCCUGGAUUUAUGGUUGAAGUUGUUCUUGCUGAUAUAAAUGCAACAAUUCCCACAAACCGUAGUUCUGAAACAGCAUCCAAAACACCAGAAGAAACUUCAGCAGCUAAUUCUUCCCCUGUAGACGGCUCUGCAUCGGUUCCAGGACCCAAUAAAGAAACAGAGAAUCCUGAUAAAGACGAUGUGUUCUCUGAUAACGAAGGAGACUCAACUGGCCCGACCAAAACCACAUCAUCGGCUUCUUCUCAAACCCCAGAAGCCAAACAGAGCGCAGAUGAAACCUCUGCUCUGACUAAAGCGACAGAGAAAGUAUCUAUUUCUGGAAACAAGGGAUCAUCACAGCCGGUGCAAGGAGGAACUGUUAGCAAGGGUGAAGCAACAGAGAAACCCUCUGGGGCUGUGGUCAAUGCUCCUUCAAGCUCGGAGAGUGAGUUCAAGGUUAUGGCCGCUGAUGCAUCUGUGUUCUCAUUUGGAGAUGAAGACGACUUUGACAGCGAUUGAAGAAAGUUGAUAAAAAGCAGGAAGAUGUGUACAUAAAAAACAGGGAAUGUUAAAUCAAUCAGAUGAUGGAAU